UGUAUUGUAAAACUUCCUCUUCACAGUAAUCUUCUCCACCAAAACUCUCUCUCUUAUGUCGUCUGAAGCCAGAUCUCUAGCCGCCACGAGCGGCAAAGAACCACCGCAUGAUAAAAAGAUGAAGAAGCAAUCGCCGGCCACAGAGCCGACGCCUAUAUCGAUCUUGUCACUCCCCGAAGAUCUGCUGAUAAACUGCUUAUCCCGCGUCUCUAGACUCUACCAUCCAGUUCUCCGCCGCGUCUCCAAACGUUUCCGAGCCACCGUCUCUUCACCGGAGCUUUACGCAACCAGAUGGCGCCAAAACCGCGCCGAGAAGUGUAUCUACCUCUACAUACGCUACCCUCUCGAUCCCAAAACGUAUUGGCUCACUCUAAGCCGUCUGCCUAGCCGAAACACAGCCAACGGAUCAACCGGCUACGAGGUGGAGCAGAUCCCAUGUCCGAACUAUCUGCGUCCCGCGCAGUCGUCGACGCUCGUAUCCGUUGGAUCCGAUGUCUACAAGAUCGGCGGCGCUAAUCAUCUGCACGAGUGCAAAAUCUGGAAGAGGAACUAUUGCGUUAGUGUCUGUGUCCUAGACUGUCGCACUCACACGUGGCGCCAGGCUCCUAGCAUGGGGUUGGCGCGUAACGCGAAUUCCACAGCGACGUUAUUUGAUGGGAAGAUAUAUGUAGCCGGAGGAUGCGAUGAAGAUUACGUGAGUAAACCAAAUUGGAUCGAAGCGUUUGAUCUUGAGACGCAAACUUGGGCCCCUGUGACGAACCCUCGUAUUUUCUGGCUCCACGAGGAGGAUAGAGUUAAGGGCUUUGAAGCCAAACUCGUAACGCUUGAAGGGAAGCUUUACAUUUUUGGGGAUGAGUCUGCGGUGUAUAAUCCCGAGGAAGAUAAAUGGUCAGAGUUAGGAAGGGAUGUGUCUCGUAUGUUUUGGGCAGCAAGUAAGUGUCAUUGCGUGAUCGACGAUGUCUUGUUCUUAUGGGAUAAACAUAGUAGAGUGUUCAAAUGGUAUGACUCCAAGUCAGAUUCGUGGAAGGAUUUGAUUGGUAUUGAAGGGUUGCCUGAGCUUUCGCCCGACCCUAGAGUCUGUCGAGUGGAGAUGGUGGAUCUUGGUGGGAAGAUUGGGUUUUUGUGGAGCGAGUAUUUGUAUACCAGUACUAAUCAGGAGUGUAGGAUCUGGUGUGCUGAGAUUACGUUUGAAAGACGCGAUGGAGAUGAGAUGUCGGGGAAAGUUGAGUGGUCUGACUUUGUGCUUCGCACCCACGAGUCUUGUUCCUCGUUUAAUGUUGUUUCUGCUUCGGUUUGAUGUAAUGACUGUUCGUGAGAACAUGCCUUAAACGGCUCUAUUGUGGCUUGUCGUUUCGUUUUGCUUUGAAUGCUUCUUUUUUGUUGUUGUGGGACUUCCUUUCUCUUUUAUUAUGGUUUGUUUAAUGUUUUUAUGUCAAUGCA